AUGGGCGAGUUCGCUGCGCCGGCGGCAUAUGAGGUCCUGACGACUUCUAUGCAGAGGGACAGACUAUUCAAUGUCGACCUCGAUAGUGGCUUGGGUCGGAAACCAACCCCAGUGCCUGCUCACCUGUCAAGGGUCUUGUACGUGCCGAGGCACAGCAUGCUGAAUCUGUCGCUGUUUGAUGCUGGAUUGCAGUACAGACAGGCCAUUGACUAUUCGCCCGUCGGGGGAGAACAGGUGACGGGCAAGGCGCUGAUGGGCAGUCGUCUCUUUAAGACGAGGAUAAAUACCAUGGCAUGUCCUGUUGGGCAUGGGGGUGCCCAGGCGGCGUAUGUUGUUGCUCUUGAUAUCGAAAAGAUUAGAGACGGAGGCGAUAUCUCUGCCACGGUGCACAAGGAGGGUCAGGCGGACCCAAUACCUCGCGUCAACAUCAUUCUACCCAUGUUGACAGAUGUUUUCAGCCUGCUAUCCGUCACAAGCGACCAGCACUCAGGCAUGAUCAAUAUAUCGACUACAUACCCACUGCCCCGUCUCAGGAGCAUGGUCGGUGUUCUUCACUUCCCGUACUCUAGGUUCUCAAUACCCAAUGCAGCUUCUGUCUACGAAUGGCAAAUCCACCCUCUGGAUCACGGCACACUGCGAUAUACUUUGGUGGAACUGGACGGCGAGACAUGCCAAGUGCAGGCCGAUUCUGGACCACAAGACUCAAACAUCAAGGCAAUUUACCACCAUAUUGGCUAUCAUGGAUCCCUCUUUUUACCACAUAGCGAGGGUGUUUUACUUCUGCCAGAAGUAGUCAACGAGCGUGACGGCUGGUUGGAAUUGGUCAUUGUUUCCAGUCUCAUCGGCUUGCUGUGGAGGAUACGAGGGAUGGAAAUCAAGGAUGCCGAGCCACAGGCGGCCAGCGUGAAGAAGAGGCCGUCACUUAUGAAGAGGAUAUUUGGGAGGAAGCAAUAG